AUGCCACCUUUCGCCCAGCCAGAGAAAAUGCAAAUUGAUGGCGGGUUUGAUGGCAAUACCAAAUGCCAUAUUCUUCGUCUUCCCACGGAGUUGUUCCAAAGAGUGAUCGACUAUUUGUCAGAAGAUGGGAUGGCGUCCACAAAUAAAACCUUACUUUCCCUAUGUCGCAGCUGCAAGACAAUAUCACCACAAGCGAAAUACCGCCUCUACAAAUGUGCUAGUACGGGAACGGAGCCACAGGCUUGCCUUGACUGGGCCCUCGAUAGGGGUCGCGAAGAGACUGUGGAGUUGGUGAUGAAUUUCACUCCAGAAGUGUGCGAACUUGGUCACCUCAGCACGGCUAUCAAGAAGAAAAAGUUCAACAUUGCAUGGAUAAUGUUGAAACAGAAAACUGUUCAUACCAAGCUCAAGAUCAUGACACGAGACAGCCCUAUCUUUGCAGCAUUUCAAAUUGGCCACACUGAGCUCGUUAACUACAUGAGCGAAAUUCAAGACUUGGACGUCUCGAUGUUCGAUAGAAACGACAAAACAGUGCUUCACUACGCAUGCCAACACGGUUACUUGAAUCUGGUAGAACGGUUUCUUAGCCAAAACGCAAAUCCUUACGUUAUUGCCGAAUCUGAGCGCGCAAUCACACCCAUCAUGUCAGCCAUUACGUGCAACAUUCCAAAGGCAAGAUAUGCUAUCCUUGAGAAAAUCUUAGCACCUAGGCCGGGCUUUAAACAUGAGUGUUCUAAUGAACAAUACGGAAAGUACAUGAAGCAAAUUGCUCAGAAAUGUAAUUCGAAUGAUCUAAGGCUUUUCCUGCGAGUAGGAUUCUUCAAAACAUUUCUGAACGACCCGCCAUCUGACAUUCAACGGGAGAGAUGGCUGUAUUGGUUAGAGCAAGCCAAGCGAUCUAACAACGCGGCAAUCUUUCGAAAGGUCUUCAAGCUUUGCCCCCCAGAACACCACACCGAUAUCCUAUUUGCAAAAGUGUUUAGGAUGGUUGGAGUUAUUGAUGGUAUCGGGGUGGAGGAGAUCAUGAUAUUGAUAGAUCAUUUUAAUCCAACAGCUAUCACAGAAUUUUGGCCAGAAACCCUCGAUUCGCUUCGAAUGGCGAUGUCGCGCACUAUUCAGAAGGAUGCAGUUGACUUGAUGGAAUGUCUCCUGCGUUUCCAUGACCUUGUUGUACAAAGUCAAGGCCCUGAAGACAACUUAGAGAGUGCCUCGAAAUGGACAGUGCCUCAGACCAAGCUGCGUGUCCCAACCGGCUCUGGGAUGCUCAAACUUCUUAUCUGCCGCGGGUUCGACGUCAAUUAUGUGGGCUAUAGCCCAGGUGGCCAAACAGUGCUUCAGCGAGCCAUCCAACAGGUCCAGAUUUAUAACACAGGCAUUGACGGCAUAAAAGACUUGAUACCAAUGGUCAAUAAUAUUAAUGCGGUCGAUCUCAGGGGUCGUACUGCUCUGCACCAGUGUGUGAUCUUGUGCGCAUGCCAACGAAAGACAAGCGUCGAUAAGGUCGUGGAGAUUGCCAAAAUGUUGAUCAACAACGGAGCUGACCUUUCGGCUCUUGACAAUGAUGGAAACACGCCACUUCACCUCGCUGCAUCGAGUCGCUUUCUAAAACCAUUUGUGAAACUCUUCCUUAGUCGAGCGCAGAUAUAUUCAUGA